AGAGAGCUUAGGCUGGAUCCGUCUUCUACAAGGGUCCGUCGAAAUCUGAGCUUGCGGGAGUCCUCUUUCCAUACAUCUGCUGUCGGAUAUUACCUUUGCCGCAUCGAAAGCGCAAUAGGCGAAACCCUUUCCAAGAUGGCGUCACAACUGCUACCCCUCGAACUCAUCGACAAGUGUGUCGGAUCAAAGAUAUGGGUCGUCAUGAAAGGAGAUAAAGAGUUCAGCGGCACGCUCCUGGGCUUCGACGACUAUGUCAACAUGGUGUUGGAGGAUGUGACGGAAUUCGAUUACUCUGGAAACCACACAAAGCUUCCCAAAAUUCUGCUCAACGGCAACAAUAUCUGCAUGCUGAUUCCCGGGGGAGAAGGGCCAGUUGGCGCCGCGGCUUGAGGAGCUCAAGUCUCACUGAUAUGUCAAGUACAUCCCAGUUCAUUGCAACAAAUGUCACGCCUUGACGGCUUAUUAUGCGUAUGUCACGCAUCCUACGACAGAGAUGCUACCUAGUAGGAUCUGGCAACAGUGGAAGGCUACUUUCCGAUUGUUGAAGGACGGCCAGUUUCGAAACUGGUCUGCAUUGUCCCCGCACGCACACUCUCUGUUAAAUUAACAUAAAUUUAAAUUCAUUUCCCCUGGUCCAAAUGAUGCCGAAAUGCAAAGCCCAAUUUCCUGUUCCUA